AUGAAUACAACGGCAGUCACAUUUCAACAAGUCGUCCUUUUGAUGCUGCUAGGCAUCAUUGGAAUUCUGGGCGGUUUGUUUGCGACUCGUGUCCUCCUCCGAAGUACAAUUGUCACCGGGAUCGUCCGCCACUAUUUCUUGUGCAUCGUUUUCUUCGCCUCACUCGUCAAUGCAAUUCAUCUCAUUUGGGGUGUCCCGAAAGCGAUUUGGUCAAAAGAACUCAAUGUACCAUUUAUCGAUUACACAACAGGGCUGAUCGCAUAUGGAGCUGGUUCAUUUGUUUACAUGGCCAAGACCUAUUUCAGCUAUUUUGUUAUUACAAUGUGUAGUUUAUUGGACACUUUCACGUUUUUGUUGAUUCGACGGAGAAGAAUUAGAACACGCGAGUUCACCGGUCAAACGGAUCAGCAGAGAUUGAAAAGGGAUUAUAUUCUGAUCACACAGAUGCUUUGCAACAACAUGACGGUCAUUGUGGCGGCUGGCGGUGUUCUCACAUUAAGCUUACUCCCAAAUCUCUCGAAUAUGAUGUUGUUCAUCUGUUGGACAGCUCUGUGGUUGGCCGGGAAUGCAAUGGAGGGUUUCUGGGUAAUUCUAUUCUUUCGAGAGAAGAGUCGAAGCAACAGUGCCUCGCGGAUCAGAAUCGUUUUCUCCACAACUGUU